UUGUCCCCGGUUUGUUCUCUUCUCUCCCUCUCUCUGACUCUCUCCCUCUCUCUCUCUCUAAACCUUCAUUUGUUUUAGUUGUUUCUCUCUCUAGAAAGGAAGCAGACAAAUCCACGCAUUCGGUUUCCUCGGCCUUGAUUUUCACUGCGCACUCAGACGCCACACGCUCCGGACAUGCCGGAGUUUCACUCUCCGGAACGCGCCGUCGUACAUUGAUUCAUCUGUGUAUGUAUAUAGGGUUGUGAAUUGUGAUUGCGUGUUUAUAUAUAUACAGAAGUGUAUGCGUUUGUAUAGGAGACGAAUUUAAUUAGAUGAGGUGUAAGAAACACUUGUCCGACUUGAGCAGCGGCGUCGGCGUUUGCGCGUCUUGUCUCCGGGAGAAGCUGUUCGCGGUGAUACUGACUCAGGCGCAGGCGCAAGCCGAGGCGCGUAUUCAGCAGCGAGCGCUCCAGGACGAGGGGCGGAAAUCCGACACCAAUCCGCCGGUUCUGGUGUUUCCGCGCUCCGUUUCGCCGUAUAUUUCGCGCCGGAAAUCGGAUAUCUCCGCCUGGAAUCAGCACCACCAGACCAGCCGCCAUAGCUUGGCUGAUCAGAGAUUUUAUAGUACUCCGCAAGUGGGGCCAAACGGGGCGAUCAUUGCCGGGGGAGAGUAUUGUAAGAAGAAGAAGAAUUACAGCUUCUCGUUGUUUUACAAUCUGUUUAGAUCUAAAUCUCUGAAGCCGGAUUCGUGUUCGGAUCCCAGGGUUUCGAAUUCGGAAGGUCCGCGUGCCGAUACGACGUCGUCGUCAAGCCAGUCGUGGUUCUCAACGAUUUUCUCCGGUCGUCGGAAGAAGCAAAACCGGACGUUUUCGCUGGAUGAGGAGACGAUCGGAGGCCGGCGGAUAAACUGUCACAAUCGCGAUCGAGGAAUGUCGCCGGCGAGGUGCUCCGACGACGAGGAAGACCAGCAUUGCCGCGGCGGAUCCAGCGGCUACUCCUCGGAGUCCUCACAGGGGUGGAAACAGACGCCGAGGCGGACUCCGGCCGCUCCCUCAUCCCGGAGAGGAAACGGGAGAUCUAGCCGCGGCCGCAACGUCUCAGGGAUGACGUUUUGCUUGAGUCCGUUGGUGCGUGCCAGCCCUAACCAGCACUGGAACCAAAAGGGAAUGCCGCCGGACAUGGCGUACUCCGGCGAGCUCAGAGCUCCGUCGUCAAAGUCUCAUCUAUCCAGUGCGACGUCGUUCUGCAAGAACAGAUCGAGAAAACUUGCCGAUUUCGGAAGGUUCAACUACAACCAUUGAUUACAGUGCAGCGCUGACAUUUGACCACUUCGACAAUUGCGACACCAGACCAGAACUCAACUGUAAUAUUACGGCAAAAAGUCUUUUUUACCCUUGCUUGCUUUAUAGUUUAUACUCCCUAGCAGUCCAUAUUUUUACAAAAUCUAUAUAUAUUUCCUCCCUUUAUUAUUGUUAUUAAGAUUAAGAAAACUGAAAAUUGUUGUAUGCAUUUUGACUAUACCUAAAAUACCCUCAUCAAUUGUAUUCCAGUUCGGUUCAUAGAAAAAGAUGGUUUUAGAAC